AUGAUGAUUAAUACGUUGUAUUAUUACGUUGCGGUGCUGAGUUUAAGCUUAACAAGCGUCCGAUCAGAUUCAGUACGAUAUUAUUACGACUAUGAGUGUAAUGAGCCUCUUCUAGAGACUGCUAAGUUGACUGCUACUUCUAGUUUAAGAGAAAGAGGACCAGAGAAUGCUCAGUUGUAUGGUUUGAACGCGUGGACGGCGUCAGAGAAUGACUUUGAUCAGCAACUCAUCAUUGAUUUGGGGAGUGUGAAGAAUGUGACGCGAGUUGCUACACAAGGGCGCGCCCAUUCGCAAGAAUUUGUUCAAGAGUACCACAUAAGUUAUGGUAGCAAUGGCCUUGAUUAUGCCCGUUAUAAAGCUGCAGGGGGCGAAGUCAAGCACUUGACGGUAAAAUUGGGCAAGCGCGUAGAGUUACGUGCGAUAGCCACCAGGGGGCGGUUUGCGACAAGCGAGUUCGUUUCGGAGUACAUGCUCCUGUACUCUGAUAACGGAGAGAGCUGGCGGGUCGUAUCUGACUCGGAUGGAUAUGAAAAGAUGUUUGGAGGCAACCACGAUGGCAAUACAAUAGUUAAAAAUGAAUUCGAAGUGCCUAUAAUUGCUCAAUACAUUAGGAUUAAUCCCAUGAGGUGGCGAGAUAAGAUCUCUAUGCGCGUGGAGUUGUAUGGAUGUGAUUAUGUGGCCGAUACCCUUUAUUUUAAUGGAAGUUCCCUUGUGAAAGUGGAUUUACUCCGAGACCCGGUAUCAGCAUCACGCGAAACGGUGCGUUUCCGUUUUAAGACCAGUGUCGCCUCCGGGGCCCUGCUGUACUCCCGCGGUACUCAGGGCGACUACUUAGCCUUGCAGUUGAGGGAUAAUAGGCUUGUACUUAACAUUGACCUAGGUUCAGGAUUAUUGACAUCCCUGUCCGUGGGCAGCCUCCUGGAUGAUAACAUAUGGCACGAUGUAGUAAUAUCGCGUAACCGAAGAGAUAUAAUUUUCUCGGUGGACCGAGUGGUGGUGCAGGGACGGAUAAGGGGGGAGUUCUCUCGGCUCAACCUCAAUCGAGCGUUCUACAUAGGCGGUGUACCGAACUUCCAAGACGGUCUCGUCGUUAACCAGAACUUCACGGGAUGUGUUGAGAACAUGUAUUUGAAUUCAACGAACAUCAUAUACGAAUUAAAGCAAGGAUAUGAAACCGGAGAACCUUUCAAGUAUCAGAAAGUUAACACCCUGUAUAGCUGUCCGGAACCGCCCUUGGUCCCGGUGACGUUCCUGAAGGCGGGCUCGUACGCCAAACUGCGGGGCUACUCGGGCGGAAACACGUUGAACGUGUCUCUCGAGUUCAGGACUUACGAGUUGCACGGACUUCUCAUUUACCACAAGUUCAAAUCCGAUGGAUAUGUUAAGGUCUUCCUAGAAGAAGGUCUAGUGAAAGUUGAACUGUUCACUGAAGGUUCGCCCAAGGUAAAGCUCGACAACUAUGCUGAGGUCUUCAACGAUGGCCGCUGGCAUUCCCUGAUGCUGACCAUGGCUCCGGACACCCUGAUCCUCUCUCUCAACUAUAGACCCGUCAAAACUACCAAGAAACUCAAAUUCUUUACCGGAAGCAGUUAUUACAUCGCCGGUGGUAAGUCCGGCGUGCGCGGUUUCGUCGGCUGCAUGCGUCGCAUAGCCUUGGACGGCAACUACCGUCUUCCGACAGACUGGAAGCCCGAGGAGUAUUGCUGCCCCAACGAGGUCGUGUUUGAUGCCUGCCAUAUGAUUGACAGAUGCAACCCAAACCCGUGCGAGCACGGCGGGACGUGUACGCAGACUGCGGACGAGUUUACGUGCGACUGCACGGACACCGGAUACGCCGGAGCCGUGUGCCAUUCUUCAACCCACCCGCUGUCGUGCCAGGCGUACUCCAACGCGGCCGGCUUGACGAGGUCGGCCGACAUCAAGGUGGACGUGGACGGCUCCGGGCCCUUACCGGCCUUCCCCGUCACUUGCCAUGCCUAUUCGGACGGUCGUAUAGUGACGGCCGUGAGCCACGCGGUGGCCAGCAGCAGCAUCGUGGACGGAUACCAGGAGCCCGGGAGCUUCAAACAGGACAUCGAGUAUGACGCUUCGCGAGCCCAACUCGAGGCCUUGUUGAACCGAUCUCAUACUUGCUCUCAACGCUUGGACUACAUGUGCAGACAUUCGCGCCUGCUCAAUUCACCCAGCAAAUUUUCUACUAUUGUGGGUGCAGCGGUCACGCGGGAUUGGCUGGUCUCGCAGACUGUGGGGUCCUCGUUUAAAAUACAGCAAGUUGUGCAACUGCGAUGCGGAAUAUCUUGGGGAUAUAGACUGAAAAAUUGUAUUGACAAAUACAUAGUUAUACAAUAUUUAAUUUCCAUUAACUAA